CCAGAGCAAAAUGAUUUGAAACAAAAACUUUUCUAGAGGCUCUAGUAGAGCUAUCAUGAGUAUACCAAGUUGCAAGAUUAUCCUGUUGGUCCUGGUUUCAUGGACACUGCUAGCAAAUCAACUGGGCUCAGAACAGCCUUGUGAUCUGAGUCCGUUCACCAUCAUCAUGAUCAGUGACAAUACUGGCUCCACAGUGAGUUCCAUCGUUCAUAUACCUGUGACUGAGGCACUGGACGGUACUCUGGUUGAAUGCUUUGCUGGUGGUGGUACUUUGUCUCCACAAGUUGGCAACACCACACUUAAUGUGAUAGAUCUAAAUAUGUCGUCUGUAACUUCCUGGAUAGCAAAUCUGAGAACUGAUGCUCUAGGGUCUGUUCUGGACUGGGACCCAUUGGACCAACCUUACCAGAGAUGUGUCACUGGCUACAGCAUCACCCUGAAUGAAACAGUGUACAAUACCACAAACACAUCUCUAUCAUUAGCUGGAGAGAGCCUCCCUUACUGUGAGACUCAGACAGUGACUGUGAAACCACUCACACUCAAUGGACUGUUAUCUUUAGACACCUUAAAUAUCACUGUGAUCAAUCCAAACUUGGUGACUCCAGCUAUAUCCACCUCCUUCAGAUUCCAAAAGGAAGUUUUGAAGCUCAAAGUAAUAGUUCAGGAUAUUUCGAUUGAUAUUGCACUCAUUCGAAUGUUUGGAUACAUAUCGAGUGGAGAGGAUUGUGUUCCUACCACAUCAUUUAAUGGGAGUUCAGUUGUAAUCGAUUUCUCAGACCAAUCUCCUGGAGAUGCUUACACAGUGUGUAUGAUGUUCAGAAACAAUGAAUGCUCUGUGUCUGCAAUCAAUUCCAUUACUGUGACUGUUCCAGCUACAAUGAUCACCAUACAAGAAGUUAGGCCAUCUGGCUCUAGUUACAUGGUCCGUUUGUCCCUCCCCUUCACCGGCUACCCUCCCAGUGACCUGCUCAUUGUCUCCACCCUCUCUCCCCCUCACUCUGACCCAAUCACCCUCCCCUUCCCGUACACAACUAACCAAAUCACAGUGAGCUUCAUCGACAUCACUGCUGGAGUCUUCUACACCUACACAAUUAGAAUUAUUCUGGCCAGCAACCAAUCAAAUGAUGUCGUUUUUCCAGUCACUGGAAAUUUCAUAUUGGCUCUACAUGUAUUAGGAGAAUCUGUGCAGUUCCUCUCUACUGGUGAAGCAAUGGCAGUCAGUGUGGCAGCUACAUUCACUAUUUCCAUAGCGAUUGGACUCUUGUUGGGGGUGUCUCUAAUGUACUGCAUUAUGUACUACAGGAAUAGGGGACACUACCCAGUAAGACAGCGACAAGAAGAAAGCAUUCAACCCACUGUGCCAAGUGGUCCUGUUUACGAAGAAGUUACUCCUAUCCAAGAACAAAUUGAGCUGAAACCGAAUGAAGCAUACGGACCAUUAUAAAACUGUACUAGUCAGGAAACCUAAACUCUUUGUAUUUGUGCACCAUAAUAAUUAUGUGCGUAAAAAGUAGAAACA